CCUUCCCUGUUGUCCAAGAAAGAAACGCGAGCAGCUUCUGGAGAGAGAGGAAACAAAACAAACUCCCUUCCUCCUCUCCCUCUCCAAAUCCCCUGCGAUUUCCUCCUCCCCUUCGUCGUUCCCAGCCAGGCGCCCAGCCCCGUCACCCCAAGCUUUGAGAUGGAUUCCAGCAAUGCACAGGCUGAAGGUUCAAAGCCAUCUGCUCCCCAAAACCCCGCCAUGGCUUCAUGCCGGAAGAAGAAAACUGAUGAUGCUACCUUCCUUGAAGAUGUGAAAGAGCACAUCGACGAGUUCAUCAACGCCUCCAUGGACGAGCACAAGACCUGCUUCAAGAAGACCAUUUCGAAGAUGUUUGGCAUGUCGAAGAUUGUUACGGAGCGGUCCGCAGCAGCAGCAGCAAAGGAAUCUGAAGUCGAGAGUGCUUUGCCUCUUCAGACCAGCGUGUCCCAGUAGAAGAAGGCAUUGGUGGUGGCAGCUUUGGUUCAUGUAUCAGUAGUCUAGCUAGUCACUGGCUGCUGAUAGUGCUUUUUCCGACAGUUGCUGUAUGAGCAAUUGAGCACCACUAUAAAUUUCAGCAAAGAACCUUUUUUCUUAGAUCUUGUAAGUUGUAACAAACCUUGAAUAAUAGCAGCAGUAUGUAUCAAACCUUGGACUGGAUGACUUUCAGGAAUAUCUGAAUUAUCCUGUGUCUCGAUUGUAUUGGCCCAAA